AUGUCAUCAUCAACGAAGAAGAUCACCCUGAAGUGUCGUGAUGGUGAAACAUUUGAGAUCGACGAGGUGGUUGCGUUGGAAUCACAAACAAUCAAGCAUAUGAUCGAGGACGAUUGUGCUGACAGUGGAAUCCCUCUUCCGAAUGUAGACGGCAAGAUUUUGGCGAAGGUUAUUGAAUAUUGCAAAAAACAUGUUCAAGGUGCCAGUUCUGAAGAAGAAAAACCUAUUAGUAACGAUGAUCUUAAAGCAUGGGACGAUGAUUUCGUCAAAGUUGAUCAGUGUACACUCUUCGAACUCAUUCUGGCUGCAAAUUAUUUGGACAUCAAGAGUUUGUUGGAUUGUUUAUGUCAGGCUGCAGCAGACAUGAUCAAGGAUAAGACACCGGAGGAGGUUCGCAAGAUUUUCAACAUAGAGAAUGACUUCCAUCCGGAGGAAGAGGCGGAAGUUCGUCGGGAAAAUCAAUGGGCUUUUGAUUGA